AUGCCGCCCAGCUCGCACCCCUUCCUCACCGACCAGACGCCGUACCUCGACCGGCGGUUCAGCGCCACCAGCCUCCGCAGCACGAGCAGCGCAGGCUCGUACCACACCAACCGGAGCAGCAGCUCGAGCGCCAGCGCGCUCCCGCACGACCCGUGCUGGCCGUUCCACCGCGGCUCGGCCUCGGGGCCCAGCAGCCGCGGCGCAGCCCCACCGCCCGUGUCAGCCCUGCAGCCCUCGGCGCCCAUCUACCCCUCGACAGCGGCACGCACGUCGCAGCCCGUCUCGCGCACCCAGGCAUACUCGCACCUCAGCGUAGCGUCCACCCGCAGCGUGCCGACCAGCAGCAGCAGCAGCCACUCGCCCCGCAGCGCCCCGCUGCCCAUCACCCCCAGCAGCGGCUCGUCCACCUCGUCGAGCUCGUCGCCCAUGGCCAGCCCCACCACGCCCGUGUCCGCGACAAUAGACCGCUCGUGCCUCGUGUGGAUGCGCGAGGCCGAGCAGCACGAGUACUUGUUCGGCAGUGUCGCAUCGCGCGACACGUCCCCGCGCGAAAUCCACCGGCGCCUCCUGCAUCCAGACGAGCUCGCAGAGCACGUCGAGGAGCUGCGCGUCGUCGAGGACAUGGCGGCCGCCGCAGACAGGCCGUGCAGGCUCAACCUCAAGUGCAGGAAUCGCGGGCAGCGGUUCUAA